AUGGUACAUCAGAGAAUUUGUUCUAGAGAGAAACCAUAUAAAUUUGAGUGUGGAAAAGCCUUUCAGAAGUUCUCUUGGCUUUCUCAACAUAGGUGGAUACACACUGGAGAGCAACCCUAUUCCUGUAAUCAUCACUGUGGAAAAACCUUCAAUCGGAAAUUGAGUCUGACCACACAUCAGAAGAUGCACAUGGGGGAGAAACCUUAUAAAUGCGUUCAUUGUGGGAGAACUUUCUAUCAGCAAUCAAGUCUUAUACAUCAGAGGAUCCAUGCUGGAGAGAAACCUUAUAAGUGCAAUGUCUAUGAGAAAGCCUUCCUCUGA